GGCAGGAAAGGAAACGCCUUUCCCUUGCUGGGAGGAAAAUGAAAGCGUCUGACGUCUCGCAGCUCACAUCAGGAGAGAGGGGCGGGGGGGCCGCCCCAUGGCUGCGCCGAGCCCCACCGCCGCUGAGCUCCCCCGUGAAGCCUCCUGCCCCAUCUGCCUGGAGUAUUUCCGAGACCCCGUCUCCAUCCACUGCGGUCACAAUUUCUGCCGGGCGUGCAUCACCCGCUGCUGGGAGUGGUCCACGGCGAAUUUCUCUUGCCCGCAGUGCCGAGAGACCGCGCCGGAGAGAAACUUUCGGCCCAGCCGGGAGUUGGCGCGGGUGCUGGAAAUAGCCAAACGGCUGAGUCUGCGGGCGGCCAGGGGGGAGACGGUCGAGGAGGAAGGAUGCGAGAGACACCGGGAACCUCUGCAAGUCUUUUGCAAAGAUGAUGAAGCCUUCAUCUGCGCGAUCUGCCGGGAGUCCCGAGCACACCGGGCUCACACGAUGCUUCCCGUGCAAGAUGCUGUCCAGGAAUACAAGGGAGAAAUCCAGGCUCGUCUGCAAGCCCUGAAGGAAGACAGAGACAAACUCCUGGGCUUUCGAGAGGCUGAAAUGAGGAAAAACUGGGAGUAUUUGGAGAAGACCGAAGCCGAGCGGCAAAGGGUUUUCUCCAAGUUUGAAGGGCUACGUCUCUUCUUGGAGGACCACGUCUGUCAUCUGCUGGCUCAGCUGGGGGACCUGGAGAGGGACAUUGAGAAAAUGCAGGAAGAAAACGUCACUAGCCUGACGAAGGAGAUCUCUCGUCUGGAUACCUUGAUCCAGGAGAUGGAGGAGAGGUGUCAGCAACCAGCCAGCAAAUUUUUGCAGGACAUCAGAGGCACCUUGAGCAGGUUUGAAAAGGAAAAUUGCCAGCAGCCCCCACAGCUUCUUCCAGAGCUGGAAAAGAAAAUUAAUCACUUCAGGGAGAAAAAUAAUACUCUAGAGGAGGCUGUGAGGAGCUUCCAAGACAUCCUGAUGUUUGAGCUGCCUGAAAAGAGUAAGUCCACAUCUCCCGGAGGUGAGGGAGUGGGAAGGACCGAGGGAAGGCUGAGCCCACCGUGGGAUUGGGCCAUGAGCUUUGGAAAGGGUCACCUGGGGAAGGUGCUGCCGUGUCUGAAGAAAACAAAUGAGUGGGUUUGGCUUCCUUUGACGCUCUCCUCUCUGCACCUUGCAGUGAAGGUGACCCUGGAUCCAUCCACGGCUCACCCCCAGCUCGUCGUCUCGGCGGACGGGAGGAGCGUGCGGUGGGAGGAUGCCCAGCAGGACCCACCUGCUGAAGGGUUUGGCGCCGACCCCUGCGUGCUGGGCUGCGAGGGCAUCACCUCGGGGAGAUGCUGCUGGGAGGUGGAGGUGACACCCAAAGGUUCCUGGGCCGUGGGGGUGGCCGGGGCCUCCAUGAAGAGGAGGGAAGAACCUGCUGUGGGCUCUGAGAUGGAGCUCUGGUCUAUGGGUCUCUGUGAGGGUCAGUUUUGGGCUCUCACCUCCCUUGAGCGUAUCCCGCUCUACCAGAUCCAGGUCCCCAGAAGGGUCCGGGUCUCCCUGGACUAUGAGAAGGGCCAGGUGGCAUUUUUUGAUGCUGAGAAGAGAGCCUUGAUCUUCACUUUCCCAGCAGCUUCAUUCAAAGGGGAGAGUGUUCAUCCCUGGUUCCUGGUGUGGAGCGAGGGGUCCCAGAUCACACUGUGUCCCUGAGGCUCUCCCUUCUUACCCAAACACAAGUUUUAUGUCCAACAUCCCUAUCUCCAGCACUCUGGAGGACUCCUAUCUACUAAACUGACCUUUCUGGCCUCUGUUCCUGUCCUCGGUGAUUCUGAAGGGUUGAGCAUCUCUGUGGGUCUGUGUCCCAAAUUGGGGCAUCGGUGGUUGACAAAUGAAGCCAUGUCUGCCUCGCAGCAUCUUGCACCAGCCUGACUGCUUCUCUGAUUUUAUGGUUUUAGAUGAAGUAAAAAGAUUUACAUGCUGCUUC